GGCUCCAGCCCGGCUGUUUCAGGCCCGCAGGAGGUUCCACGAGUCUACCUCAACUGGUAGCUCCAUUUGCCUGAACCCAAUUGGGCGCUCACAGCCUGCGACCGUCCACUCCCGGUGCAGACCCUCCUGAGCCUGGCCCCACCGGUUGAGCAUUUGUUAUCCAGAGCCCAUUAGGCCCGCCUCAUCUGUCCUGGUGCCCACUGAGCCCUCCCCAGAACCUCUGAGUGAGCUACGUCCCCGCGUGGGAGCCGUUGACCCAACUCCUCACAUCUCUUCACCGCUGCCUGUCAACUGACUUCCACAGUUGAGACCCACCAAGGGUGGGGGCGGGGAAUGAGAGCUUAGGCUGGCCCAGAGCCUGGGCCUUGUGUGUGGCAGCAUCGCUGAAGUUAACAGGGGAGGUGGCCUGCGGGUAGGAUCCUAGGAUUGAGGCGCUUGUCAGGACCUCAAAGUGACUCCUGCGAGGCAAGGCUGGGAAAGGCUGACCAAACAGUCCGGUGAGAGCAGAGAAGGGCACCAUCUACUUCUGGGCCAUUGCUGUCCCCGGGGAAACCGCUGGUGGUGUGGGAGGGCAGUGGCCACAAGCUGGGAAAGAAAGUCGCUUAAGGGCCCCCCGCUGUUUGGCAUAGUGGUCAUUGGCUAAAAGGUGGCCCUCGCAGAGCCUGCCAUCUCUUUCAGGGGUCUGCCGUGGCAGCCAGAGCCCUGCUCAGUUUUCUUCUUGCACCUUGCCCCAGAACCCUAGAUGUGCAAAGUGCAGCCUGCUGUAGGUAGACAUGGACAGCAGGCAGCAGCCCCCCAAGAGGAAGACGCUACAGUGGGAGCUCGCACAAGAGCAAAGGCAGCAGCCUAUCUUAAACGGGCCUUCAGUGGCCUGCAGCCAGCCAGACAGCAAGAGCAACCCUCAGGAGGACCUAGAGACCCAAGACUGGGUGUGUGAGCCUCAGGCAUACAGGCGCCCAGGUAGCCGCUGGAAUAUCAGCAUCGAGGAACGCAGGCGUCUGGCCGUGCUGUAUGCACAGGAGAGGACAAACAUGGAGAUGGCCCAAUCCGGAGACCUGCUGGGCGUAUGCCACACUGGCCAGCAGACCGUGUCCUCCCUACCGACUUGCCCUGACCCAACACCUCCCUGCCAUGCCCCUGAAAUGGCUGUCCCCCUGCAGGACCUCAGACAGAUGGUAGCGGAGCUGGUGUCUGAGGGUGUGGAAAGGGACGUACUCCUGCCUCACCCUCUAAAUUCCACCUAGUGUCCCAAUGCCUUCCAUGACUACUUGGCCCAUAUAGCACCCCUUUGGCAGAAAGAGAAUUGAGAACUAGAAGUCAAGGUCACCCCUCCUAAGAAUGAGCCUGGCUCAGCCCGGUGUUA